ACUUUCAAAUAACACACUCUCACUCACUAUCUCUACUCCCUUCCUACAUCUUCACCCACUCCCCCCCUCCAUUUUCACCAAACAAACAAAAAACACAGUGUGUGUUUUUCACUGUGUGUUCUCUUCUCCAAACAAAACACACACAACAACAUAAACAUGAAACAACUUCUCCUAUUUCUUCUCCUCCUUUUUUUCAAUCUCAUUUCUUCCAAAUCAACAACAAUCCAUUCAUUACCAGAAUACAAAGCCCUUCUAUCCCUCAAAUCCUUCAUCACAGAUGACCCCCAAUCAUCCCUCGCCACGUGGAACAUCUCUACCUCUCACUGUACCUGGUCUGGUGUCACGUGCGAUUCUCGCCGUCACGUGACCGCUCUUGACCUUUCCGGCCUUAACCUCACAGGUACUCUUUCUUCCGACAUUGGUUACCUUCGCCGUCUUGUUAACCUCACCGUCGCCGCCAACAAUUUCGCCGGAAUUAUCCCGUCGGAAAUCUCCGCUAUUUCCGGCCUCCGUGUUCUUAACCUGUCGAACAAUAUUUUCAAUGAAACUUUCCCGCCGGAACUUUCUGGUUUGAAAUCUCUUGAAAUACUUGAUUUGUACAACAACAACAUGACCGGCGAACUUCCGGUCGCCGUCGCCGGAAUGACGAACCUCCGUCACCUCCACCUCGGCGGAAACUACUUCUCCGGCGUCAUUCCACCGCAAUACGGCAGCCUUCCGCUUCUCGAAUACCUCGCCGUCUCCGGUAACGAACUCAAUGGACCUAUACCGCCGGAGAUCGGAAACCUAACAAACUUACAACACCUCUACCUCGGUUACUACAACGCUUACACCGGCGGCAUUCCACCGGAAAUCGGAAACUUAACUAAUUUAAUCCGGUUCGACGCCGCUAACUGUGGCCUCUCCGGCGAACUUCCGCCGGAGAUCGGAAAACUUCAAAACCUAGAUACUUUAUUUCUUCAAGUCAACAGUUUGACCGGAUCUUUGACUAACUCACUUGGAGACUUAAAAAGUUUAAAAUCAAUGGAUCUAUCAAACAAUAUAUUCACAGGUGAAAUUCCAGAUUCAUUUCAAUAUCUUAAAAACCUUACAUUACUUAAUUUAUUUCGUAACAAACUUACCGGUUCAAUACCGGCAUUUGUCGGUGAAUUACCGGAACUUGAAGUUUUACAGCUUUGGGAAAACAAUUUUACCGGUAGCAUUCCGGUAAAUUUAGGUAAAAAUGGGAAGUUACAGUUACUAGAUCUGUCUUCAAAUAAGUUAACAGGAUCAUUACCUGAUAGUUUAUGUAGUGGUAACAAACUUGAAACAAUUAUAGCCUUAGGGAACUUUUUAUUUGGGGGGAUACCCGAAUCUUUAGGUCAAUGUCAAUCGUUGACUCGAAUCCGAAUGGGAGAGAAUUUUCUCAACGGUUCGAUUCCGAAAGGGCUUUUUAGUUUGCCUAAUUUAUCACAAGUUGAGUUACAGAAUAAUUUGUUGAGUGGUGAGUUUCCUGUGACUGAAUUUGUUUCGGAUAGUUUGGGUCAGGUUAGUUUGUCGAAUAAUCGGUUGAGUGGUGAGUUGCCUGCUAGUAUAAGUAAUUUUUCGGGUGUGCAGAAGUUGUUACUUGAUGGAAAUAGGUUUACUGGUAGGAUUCCUGGUGAGAUUGGGAAGUUACAGCAGUUGUCUAAGAUUGAUUUUAGUCAUAAUAGUUUGUCUGGUGUGAUUGCGCCGCAGAUUAGUGAAUGUAAGUUGUUGACGUAUGUGGAUCUUAGUAGGAACCAGCUUUCGGGUGAGAUACCUACUGAGAUUACUGGAAUGCAUAUUUUGAAUUAUUUGAAUGUGUCUCGGAAUCAUUUGGUUGGGAGUAUUCCAGUGUCUAUUGCGUCAAUGCAGAGCUUGACGUCUGUUGAUUUUUCAUAUAAUAAUUUGUCGGGUUUGGUUCCUGGAACGGGUCAGUUUAGUUACUUUAACUACACUUCGUUUUUGGGGAACUCGGAUCUUUGUGGACCGUAUUUAGGACCUUGUAAAGAAGGUUUGGCCAAUGGUACUCAUGAACCACGUUCUAAAGGACUGUCGGCUUCUGUGAAACUUUUGCUUGUUAUCGGUUUGCUUCUUUGCUCUAUUGCUUUUGCUGUUGCAGCGAUAGUCAAAGCUCGAUCAAUCAAGAAAGCAACCAAAGCUAGAGCUUGGAAGCUUACCGCUUUCCAACGGCUGGAUUUUACUUGUGAUGAUGUUCUUGAUAGUUUGAAGGAAGAUAACAUAAUCGGAAAAGGUGGAGCUGGGAUUGUAUACAAAGGUGUAAUGCCAAACAAUGAGCUUGUUGCAGUCAAGAGACUGCCGGCUAUAACUCGUGGUUCUUCACAUGAUCAUGGAUUCAAUGCCGAGAUCCAGACUUUAGGGAGGAUUAGACAUAGGCAUAUUGUGAGGUUGUUAGGGUUUUGCUCAAACCACGAGACGAAUUUGUUGGUGUAUGAGUACAUGCCUAAUGGAAGUUUAGGAGAAAUGCUUCAUGGAAAGAAAGGAGGUCAUUUGCAUUGGGAUACUAGAUAUAAGAUUGCUGUUGAAGCUGCAAAGGGACUUUGCUAUUUACAUCAUGAUUGCUCGCCCUUGAUCCUCCACCGUGACGUGAAAUCCAACAACAUUCUUUUGGAUUCUGGUUUUGAAGCUCAUGUUGCUGAUUUUGGACUCGCCAAGUUCUUGCAGGAUUCGGGUACCUCCGAAUGCAUGUCUGCAAUUGCUGGUUCUUAUGGUUAUAUUGCCCCAGAAUAUGCUUACACGCUUAAGGUUGAUGAAAAGAGUGAUGUGUAUAGUUUCGGGGUGGUUCUUUUGGAACUAGUAACAGGGAAGAAACCAGUUGGUGAAUUCGGGGAUGGGGUAGACAUUGUACAAUGGGUUAGAAAAAUGACAGGCGGCAACAAAGAAGGUGUUCUUCAAAUAUUGGAUUCGAGACUCUCGACUGUUCCAAUUCAUGAGGUAAUGCACUUGUUUUAUGUAGGGAUGUUAUGUGUUGAAGAACAAGCCGUUGAACGCCCUACCAUGAGAGAAGUUGUUCAAAUGUUAACAGAGCUUCCAAAGCCUCCAAACUCCACAACUACAAGCACAACCACCACCACUACUGAAUUACCUCCACCAUCACCCACCAUGGGAUCCCCGUCAAACGAUGGCAAAGAAAACCAAGAACAAAACCAGCCACCAGAUCUUCUAAGCAUCUGAAAAGACUUUCUUUGGUUGGUCUGAAAGUUGUAUGAAAUUGGUUAUUUGGGGUUAGCUUUAAUUUUUAGGCCUUUUACUUUUAAUGUUGAAUUAAGGAACCAUGAAGGUUGUUAUGGUAUGUUUAGAAACUAAUUUGUGCAUAGUAAUAUUGGUUGGGGAAUUUCAGUUUGUGGCAACCUUUGUACUUUCUCUUCA